CCCUAGACCUUCAUUUCUCUCUCUCUCUGCUAAUCACUCUCGAGCUAUGGCGCUUCUCUAUCGCCUCCGCUAUGCUUUCUCUUCAAACUCGACUUACAUCAACUAUUGUCUUCACUACCGUUCUCUCUCGACAAUCCUUUCUCCUGAUUCCUCUAAUCCUUUGUCAGCAAAACAAAAAUCGAGAGCCGCACUGUCCCUACUGAAAGCGGAGGACAAUCCUGAGCGUAUAAUUGAUAUUUGCCGAGCCGCUAGUCUCACUCCAGAAUUACAUCUAGAUCGCAUCGUUUUUUCUAUUGCUAUUUCCAAGCUUUCAAAGUCCAAUCACUUCGAUGGGAUUCGCCAGUUCCUUGAGGAAUUGAAAUCUCGUCCCGACUUGAAGAACGAGCGUUUCGCUUGCCACGCGAUUGUUCUAUAUGGCCAGGCUAAUAUGCUUGAUCAUGCUAUUCGCACUUUCAAGCAAAUUGAUGAACUCGGUGUGCGUCACUCGGUUAAAUCGCUGAAUGCAUUACUAUUUGCUUGUAAUGUAGCUAAGGAUUACAAAGAACUGAAGCGGGUUUUUAUGGAGUUCCCUAAGGUUUAUGGAAUCGAACCAGAUAUCGAUUCUUAUAACAGAGUGAUUAUGGCGUUUUCAGAGUCGGGUUCGUCGAGUGCAGUGUAUUCGAUUGUGGCGGAGAUGGACAGGAAGGAUGUCAAACCAAAUGCAACUACUUUUGCGAAUUGGCUUGCUGGGUGCUACAUGGAAGAGAAGUAUGAGGAUGUUGAGAAAGUCAUAAAAUUAAUGGAGAAAUAUGGCGUGCGGCGUGGAGUUAGUACAUAUAAUGCAAGAAUACGGAGUCUGUGUAAAUUGAAGAAAUCAUCGGAAGCGAAGGCUUUAUUUGAUGGGAUGUUAUCGAGAGGUAUGAAACCAAACUCUGUUACAUACAGUGAAUUGAUUCAUGGAUUCUGUAAGGAAGGAAAUCUAGAUGAAGCUAAGAGCCUUUUUAAGAGAAUGAUCAACAGCGGUUGCUCACUGGACAGUGGUUGCUAUUUCACUAUGGCUUACUUCCUUUGUCGAGGAGGAGAUUAUGAGACAGCUUUCAAGAUCUGCGUGGAAAGCAUGGAGAAGGGGUGGGUUCCAAAUAUCUCUACAAUGAAGUCUCUUGUUGAUGGGCUAGUUAGCAUUUCGAAGGUCGAAGAGGCAAAGCAACUUAUUGGGCAAAUCAAGGAGAGGUUCUCGAGGAAUGUUGAACACUGGAAUGAAAUUGAAGCUGGAUUGCCUCAGUGAGGAAAUUCUGGGACACUGCAACCAUCAAUGCCAAGCGAGUGUUAAGGAAAAACUAGAGAAUGCGGCAUUUUUUCUUGGCUUGAGCAGAUCACCUCUGCAUAUGUUUUACAUUGGUGCAGUUAAUUGUUUUGUCAGGAAGCUGUAAUCGAAAAACACUUUUUAUGACCUUGGCUAUGCAGUCAAGCCCACUUCUGAGAGGCUAUGCUGAAAUUCUAAUGUCAAUCUUUUAUGUUCUAGCUUUGCCGCUGGUUGAAAUUUGUAGGCUUCGACCCCCUUAAACAAAGGUGAUAAUGUGCUUGAAAUGUGGUCGUGGAUCUUCCUGUUAGGUUAGUAAUUGCUGUAUUGAUGGAAGCUAGAUUGUUUUAAGCAAUUUUGUAUGUCAAUAAAGAUAGAAACUCGACAUUGGUUUUUAUUCGAGGAGUGUUCAGAUUUCGUCA